CGGGUGCGUCUGCUAUACAAGGACGAAGACCAGCGCUCUCGCUACUGCGCGAAAGCUCAGCAGUUGCUAGACUCCGUGCUGCAGGGCGCCGACACCAACUCCAGCAACAGUCAAAUAGCGCGCAAGGCUCUCCGCUACCGCAAGCUCACAAGCCGCCUGGACGACAUCGAUCCGACCGAUCCUACGUUCGACGUCUCCGCAUUCUUCGGUGUCGAGUGGUGCAAG